GGCGCAGAGUGAGGUGCACGUGCGCAACAGGCGCGUUAGCUUGAAGCACGUGGGCUUGCGCAGGCGCAGUGAGUGCAGAGGGCCUGAGACAACAUGGAGCGGUUUAGCUGGCAAGUGGCGGCUGGGGCAGCAGUGGGUCUCGCUCUGGCCCUGGAGGCAUUGCCAGCCGUGCUGCUCUGGCUGCGGGGCGGGCGGCAGCGCUGUCUCCGGCGUGAAGUCCUGUUCUUCCCGUCGCAAGUGACGUGUACUGAGGCGCUGCUGCAGGCCCCAGGCGCGGCCCCGACCGGGCUCCCCACCGACUGCCCGUGCAGCCUGCCGCACUGCGAGAGCUCCCUGAGCCGCCUACUACGCGCCUUGCUGGCCGCCCGCGCAAGCCUGGAGCUCUGCCUCUUCGCCUUCUCCAGCCCGCAGCUGGGUCGCGCGGUGCAGCUGCUGCACCAGCGCGGCGUGCGGGUGCGUGUGGUCACCGACUGCGACUACAUGGCGCUCAACGGCUCGCAGAUUGGCCUGCUGCGCAAAGCGGGUAUUCAGGUUCGGCAUGAUCAGGACCUUGGUUACAUGCACCACAAGUUUGCAAUCGUGGACAAGAAGGUGCUCAUCACCGGCUCCCUCAACUGGACCACACAGGCCAUUCAGAACAACAGAGAGAAUGUUUUGAUUAUGGAGGAUGAAGAAUAUGUGAAGCUUUUUCUGGAAGAAUUUGAGCGUAUUUGGGAAGAAUUUAAUCCUACCAAGUAUACUUUUUUCCCACAAAAGAAGAGAAGUCACUGAGACUUCUGCUUUUAGAGUUAGAGGGGAGAGUGUUGGUUAAGGUUUAUGGUGGUUAAUGUUGAAGAACUUUUGGUGCCUUUAGUUGAACCCAAAGCAAACUCCAGAGAGAAUGGGACUUCAGUGUGGUCUAUGCUCACUGGGUACUGCUUUGAGGUUCAGUGCCAGAGUCUAUCUUUCUUGUCAAAAAAACCUCAUAGUUAGAAAAAAAAAAUCACCUCCACUAAAUUGUUUCAUUAAAAACUAAGGUAAAAUAAAAAUGUUUAUGUUCAAAGGGA